AUGACGUACUCUCGUCGGGCCUCCCACGCCGGCAGUUGGUACGAAAGCUCGGCAAGGACGCUUAAGGAGACAGUGAACGAUUUGUUUGGGAAGGCUAAGGACUAUGAGUGGGGUGGUGAUGAGACACUUGUCGGCAUCAUUUCACCGCACGCUGGAAUCAGCUACUCCGGCACAACUGCAGCGCACGUGUAUAAGGCCUUGCGCGAUUAUAUCUAUGGGCCCAAAGGAAACAACGUCUCUCAUAUUUUUUUAUUGGGACCAGACCAUCAUAAAGGGUUUGAGGGCGUGGAACUGUCUGGUGCACGGGAGUACAAAAGUCCCUUUGGCGCAAUUCCCGUUGACACUUCACUUGUUUCGGAUGUUUAUGAAGCUCUAAAGGCUACCGAUAUAAAAGCAGCAUGCAUGUCACAGUCCAGCGACGAGGAGGAGCACUCUCUUGAAAUGCAGCUGCCAUUUAUCUCAUACACCCUGCACUACCCUCCAGCCGGUGCAACACCAGCAAUAGAUCGAAUUCGACUUGUUCCAAUGGUGGUUGGUUGGACGGACCGUGAGAUGGAGGAACGUAUAGGCGCCGUCUUGUCAUCCUACGCUCGGGAUUCACGCAAUAUAUUCGUGUUAAGCUCUGACUUCUGCCACUGGGGCUCACGGUUCCAGUACAGGUUUCACUAUCAAAAGGCGGAUUACCCCGCAAUUGCCGAUGCUAUUAUCGCCAUGGAUCAUGAGGGAAUGGAAUGGUUGGAGAAGCGAGACAUGAACGGAUGGUAUGACUAUCUUCAAAAAACACGUAACACUAUUUGCGGCCAGCGGCCCAUUUCCGUGGGCAUGGAAGCCGUAAAAAACGAGAAGGCGGCAUCUGUGCGCUUCUUACAUUACUCACAGUCAAACCGCUGUACGGGUCCUUCAGACUCCUCUGUCAGCUACGCCAGUGCUAUUAUCACGCGUAGUUGA